AUGAACAAAGUCUCCAAGGACGACGCGUUCGAAAUCACGGAUUCAACAGACUGGCUCGAGACGCCACUACGUGCUCUUGCUGGUGUUGAUUCAGCCUUGCGCUGCCAGGUCUGUAAGGACUUCUACACCACGCCUAUGAUCACGUCUUGCUCGCACACUUUCUGCUCUCUAUGCAUACGAAGAUGUCUCAAUAACGAUGGGAAGUGUCCUGCAUGUCGGACGCAGGAUCAGGAGUUAAAGUUGAGGUUUAAUGGUGCUAUGCAGGAUUUGGUGGAGGCGUUCAUAAAAGCAAGACCAGAAGUUUUGGAGCAUGCUAGGAGGCCUCUGGAAGUACCGGGAAGCCCUUCAUCGAAGAGAGACAGGAAAGAGGCGGAGCUGGAUGACGAGGAUGCGCCGAGGAAGAGAACAAGGUCCGCUGGAACCCGGACAUCGAGCAGGAGAUUACAGCCUACGCCUCAACAAGUUAUUGAAGACUCUGAUGACGACGACGAGGAUUUCGUUCCUGAGUAUGGCUAUGUCAGAUGCCCAGUGUGCUCGAAACAAGUCAAGGAAGCCAUUAUCAACUCACAUUUGGACCGAGACUGCGCGGACGAGCCACGAAUAACCAAACCUAAAGCCAUGGGCCGGAUAUCCAAUAAAGAGUCUGCCCAAAAUACCUUGACCAUAUAUGAUGCUCCCAAGCGGCCAGAAAGAUUGGCGCAGAUCAACUUCUCCAUGAUGAAGGAGGCGGCUUUGCGUAAGAAGCUUGGUGAAAUGGGGAUUUCUGCUGCAGGGAAUAAGCCUCUGAUGGAGAGACGAUACACGGAGUGGAUUACUCUUUGGAACGCAAACUGUGACGCAAGGAAGCCUAGGACGAAGGCCGAGUUGAAGAGAGAACUGGAAAUUUGGGAGAGGACGCAAGGUGGAAGGGCUCAGACAUCGACGUAUGGACAGAGCUCUGGACAAGUCAAAGACAAGGACUUUGAUGGGAAGGCAUAUUCAAGUACGCAUGAUGAUUCUUUUCGCAAGCUAAUAGCGAAUGCUCGGAAGAAAGCAGCUGUCAAGCCUCCGACGUCUGAAGCAUCCAAUUCUCCAAGAAUCUCAAAAGAGGACGAUGAGACAAGAGCGAACAGAGAAGGACUUCACGAUCAAAUGCCACCCGUGAAUCAGAGCGGCUUGCAGCGGAGGUCUUCCGAGGAGAGUGGCCGAUUUGUCAAAUCUCCACCAAAACCUCCGUCACAGUUUGUAAACAAUCUGAUGAUAGUGGAUAAAGAAUCGAGCAGUCCGCCUGAUUUACCGGCAGUUGGGACAGUACAACCAUAA